AUGGACGUCGCCAUCCCUCAAUUCCCUCCAUUCCAGUUGAGACUGUCAUUGAUUGAUAAAGAUCCAGUGAUAUGGGUGCAUUUACUUGAAGGGUACAUCCAGUUACUCUACUAUCUAAGCCAACCAUCAGCUGAGCCUUUGAGCGUCAAAAGUCAGCAAGAUCUUCAUCAAUUCCUUCGUCUGUACUUGUCAGAGACUUCAGACGAACAGUUGAAAAUCUUCAGUUUAGGAGCUAUCAAUCCUGAUAUUAAAAACAACCAAAAAGUUCUUCGAGCUCAUGUGUUUAAUUUCAUCAGACUCCACAGCAUCGUAAAAUGCAACCUUCCAGGUGAUCUGAUUUGGAACUUUGCAAUCAACUAUGCUCGAGACAACAUCCAUACAGUCAGGGGCCUCAUUGAUGGCACAUAUACCUCCAAACUUAAUGACAACAAGAUACUGGGACAUAUCAGCCUGAUUCCCUUAUUGCACAAAUUUCUCGAGGCCAAAAUCUCUAGAGGUGAAUUUUCUCAAGCAGAUUUACACAUUCUCUCGACAAUUUUGGGUCAGAUGAUCGGUCUGCAGCAAAAGCUAUCUUUGGCACUGUCGGAAGUUGUUGAGAAGCCCAUGAAAAAGUCGACUUCGCAGUUUGCUGCACUGUUUGUGACUAAUACCUGGAUCGAAAUCAUGGAAAGGUUGUGGAACAAAGGCAAUGGCGUCAAUGCAUCUUUGACUGAAAGGAUCAUGGUGCUUUCAUUGGUUCUGCUCAAUUCUCUGGGGUUGAACUCGCUUUGCCGUGAGUUAGGCAUAAGCAAUGCCACCUCACUCAAAUUGUUUCCGCUAUUCGGCACAUGUAUAACGCUGAAAAGUUUUCAACAGCUUAUCCCAAAUAUCGAAGACAAGAUUCCAUGGCUUCGCGAUGUUGUUCUCCAUCACCCUGCCAGCGACGAAGAUGUUACUAUGAUUAAAGAGAUCUUCCCCGAUUUAAGCGAGGUACGCGCCAAAGAGCUUCUUGAAGAAUACGGUAGUGUCGAGGUGGUAAUGGAAACGCUCUUUGACUCCCCCUCUUUGAUUCAAGAUCAAGCGAAACCUCUGCUUAAUAUUGAGCGAGCUAACGUCGCCGCACGUUUUGGUGAAGAACGAAAAGUUGAACUUCUCACUAAAAAGAAAAGCGUUUCUAAGGAGACACUUAAAAACAAAACUCUUGAAACUGCAUUGAUGAUGUUAUACGAAUCUGACGAGGAUGAGCCUGAUGACACCUAUGAGGACCAGGAAAAAACAACCGGGAGCGCUUUUGAGUUACCGCAAGGUCGUCACCAGCGAAGAAAGAUAGCCGUUGAUGAUCAUACUGACAAUGACAAUUCGAAUCUGGAGCUUUUGAACACAAACGUUGACGCCCGCGAUACAUAUCUUUAUGGCAUGAUGAAAAAGUAUGGAGAUACGAUUUUCGAUAAACGGAGUCGUAAGCUACCGGAAAGGAAAGAGAUUAGAAAUGCCACAAGCUGGACAGAUGAACAAGUUGAAGGUUGGUGGAGAAUGAUAACUAGACUGCAGAGGAAAUUCCGUAUGCUUGAAGAGAACUACUUAUUUGCCCGCCCCAAUAAUUCAACUCGCUUGAAUAAACAAGAUUCUCAAGAUUCACGAUCCAAAUCGCAGACAGGUUUCGACUCAAAAGUGAGUGAGGAGGGCUCGCUCAAUACAUCUCAAAAAGCCAAUGUGAAAGCAACGACACCAGUGAAAGUUCCAAAACAUAAGAAGAAGUCGCAUCACAAAGCUAAAAAUAAAACUUGA